UUGUGGGGUUGAGCGUGUGGCGAGGGAGGAGGAGGAGUGCGCAUGCGUGCCCGGGCCACCUCCUGCUGGCCGCUCAUCGCCCUCACCCUCCUGCUCUCCUCUUCCAUUUUUUGUUCUUAGGUGGGCUUGAGGACCUUGUGAGACGCUAGGAAUGCAAGAUGUCGUCAGAUGAAAGCCACACACACGAUUUGUUAUUGACUAGUCCAGAUUCGGAGGAACAUUUAGUGGACGAUGAUGUAGUUCAAGAGUCAUCCACGGUGGGUGAUUGUCCUCUUUCAUUAGAACAGCUAGAGGAUCCGCUCGCUCCCAACACAAGUGAUGCCCAAGAUGAAGGGAUUGUGUCCUCGCCUGUGAACAGUCUAGACUUGGACAGAGAUUCUCCACUGGGAGGAGCUCUUGAUGAUGAGGAAGAUGGUGGGCCUCCAAGCAUUGAGACACAGCCUCCAGAUGAUGUGGAUGAUUUGUCUGUGUCGUGUAUAACUUAUGGGUGGAUAAGAUCUGAUGAUAAUCAUUAUGGGAACUCCCACCCUGGAUUAGGAUACACCAUGAUCAGUACUGAACAGCCUGACAAUGCUGACUCAACAGGUCUUAGUGAAAUGCCAGGACUAGAGCCAGGUGACUUUGGUGUUGGUCCUGUGUAUGGACCCCACAUGCCAGCAACCUUCAAUAGCCCUGUACAUGAAUCGGGAACACUAUCUUAUGGAGAUAUCACAGAUGACAAUGCAGUUGGUGGCAUAUGUGGCCUUAGAAAUUUGGGUAAUACUUGCUUUAUGGCAGCAGGAAUCCAGUGCCUGGUGAAUACACCACCUAUUGCUCAGUAUUUCUUCAGCCACCACCACAACAAUUUAAACACAAAGGACUCCUUAGCUGGCCAGUUCUCCCAACUGACACACAAAAUUUGGUGUGGCAAGUACGCGUCGCUGAGGCCAACUGAUUUUAAGGAUGCUUUUGGACAACAGUGGAGAGAUUUUCGGGACUAUAGACAACAUGACUGUCAAGAGUUUGUUACACUUCUCCUUGAAACAUUACGCAAGCAGAUGUGCCUAGUGGAUGACGGAGGGGGAGGUUUAAGCCUGGAUAAUGUUAAGAGUCAGAAAGCAAGGAAUACCUCACUUGACAACAGUGGAGUGGCCAGCUGCAGUAGUAGCAGCAGCAGUAACAGCAGAAGUAGCAGCAGUUGUACUAGCAGUAGCAAUAGAGCAAGUGGCAGCAGAGAGAGUCAAUCUUGCUCCUCACCCUCAUCUCCCCAGUCACCUCAUUGUCCUGCCUCCCCUCAGUCACCGCACUCUCCAAACUCUCCGCACUCGCUUCAUUUACUCAAGCAGCCUCUAGAACUUCGCAGUGAUUCACAUGAGGAAACUGUUGGUUUAGACAGUGGUGCUGCUUCACCUAAGAGCAGUGUAUCAAGCAGCUCUGUAGAUGCCCAUCUUGUCAACCUUAGAUUGCAACCCAUACCUGAAGAAGUUCGUGCCCUUAUUCCCAAUCGUAUGAAUGCUUCCUAUGAUGAUCUGUCUCUUGCGGGUACUACAAGUUGCCACGAUGCCGAGAGUGUGACGUCAGAUAUUUCGGAUCCAGCAGAAGUGUGUGGUAGCAGUAGUGUGCGGCGGUACAAUCACUUAGGAGGCAGCGGCGACGUGUGUGAUAGUUCAGACUGUGAUAUUGGCACUACUCAAAACCUGGUGCCCAACAGUGGUCUUCAAACACUACACUGUGAUACCUCAUCUAGCUUGGAGAAGAAUCACCUUAAUGAUUCUCUCAGGCAUGAAAAGAACCAACGCUUGCUAGCCAUUAGAACAGAAAAAACUGAGCCUAGUGAUCUGGAACUACCUUGUGGUUCAGUUUCUCAUUCAUCUCUGGUUAAACUAGAAGAUAUUAUUAAGGAGACAAAAACUUCUAAUGUUAAUGUUUUAGUGAAAGAUAAUCCAGCAAAUAAUGAACUUUUAUUUGACUCUGAAAAAUAUGCUAAAUAUGAUAAAUCAAGGUUAAAAAAUAGUUUAGAUAACUUAAGUAAAUCUGGAACAAAACGUGUUAAAGAAGUUAAUCUUCUUCAUGAAAAGAGAGGAUGCCAUUCGAUGGUCAUUGAAGGAGAAUCUGACAGUGAGGAAGUAGAUAACAGGGAUGAUCUUUUAAUAAACAAACGCAUACGUCUGGAUGAGAAAAAUGUUCAAUACGAGUUAGAAAAUUACCAAGUGGCAGUGGAAAGAACUGUGGAUAGCUCGACAUCUCUCUCUGGAAGUGAUUUGCACGUAGUUCCAACUCCUUCAGUCUCCUCACACGAACAGCGCCAAGCCGAGUUAACGUGGCGAUCUUUUAUAGGUGAUGCCAAAAGUGCUGUUGUAGAAACAUUUUAUGGACAGUUUAAGAGCUCGAUGGUGUGCUCUGCGUGUGGACACAAGUCUGUCAAAUAUGAUCCAUUUGGAACCCUUUCUGUGCCUCUUCCAUAUGCUAAUCAAAUUCAGAUAUCUGUGACAUACGUUCCCAGUUGUGGUAGCAUUCCCACUCGCUACCUCAUAACUCUGUGCAAGGUGUCUUACAUGAGUGACCUCAAAGAUGCUCUCUGCAGAGUAGUGGGUCUAAACUCGGCAGAUCAUCUCAUUACAGCCGAGGUUUUUGACAACCACAUCGCUCGCAUAGUGGAGGAUAGCUACAUGACCAAAUUUCUUAAUUACAAUCUACGAAGUAUAUAUGCUUUCCACUUGGCGCCUCCACCACCAAGUAUAGAAGAUGAAGUUCCCGAGGUCUCCGCAGAACUGUUGGCAGGCGAGGUGGGUGGUCCAUCGGAGAAGGCAGGAGGCAGUGACAACAACACUAGCACAGGAGCAAGUGGCAGUGGUGGCAGCAGCAGCAGUGGUAGUGGUGGUUGUAGUAGCCAGUGGCGACCUUGCAACAUCUGUUUAGAGGAAAUGUGUCAAACAGAAUUGAGAACCCACCACACAUGUGAAGAUUGUCUGCUUUGUGAUAACUGUAUAGAGAUGUCAUGCAAGCACCAUGGAGGAGAGUGUUUGCCUUGUCCUGUGUGUCAAGUUUCUCUCACACCAGAUGAUCUUAUACCUGUCGAGAAGAGGAGAAUUGAAAAACCCAAGGCUAGAGUAUUACGUGUUCCGUUGGUGUUUCGAAUGGACCAAGAGAGUGAUAAUAAUAAUCAAAGAUGUAUGCAGUUGUUGGGUCACCCUUGCCUUCUUGCUCUGCCAUCUCGACUAAGUCCUGUGUCGCUAACCCGUACCCUGGCAUCCAGGAUACCUUCUGAAACCAACUACUCAUUGUUGCUUGUGGAUGGAAGGGGAUAUAAUUGUUCUCGUUGUCUAUUCUCAUCACACUGCCGUGGCUGUGAAGUACUAAGUGGGUCCGAGGUCAUUUUGCAAGCUGGUGAUACCCUGUGUGUGCGCUUCACAAGUCUCAGUCCAGAUCAGCGCCACAUCUUAGCAUCAACAACAGACCAUCCUUCUUUAAAUGACAUGCGACAAAAUGUACCACUCACUCUAUAUGACUGUUUACGGGCCUUCACACAGAGUGAGACACUAGAGGAAACAGAUUCGUGGUUCUGCCCUAAAUGCGAACGAAAACAACCAGCUACAAAAACGAUAUCUGUUUGGCGGUAUCCACCCUACCUCAUCAUACAUUUAGAACGGUUCUUGUUUCAUGGAACAAUGAGUACCAAGUUAGAUGACAAGGUGAUCUUCCCUCUCGAUGGCUUAGAUGUGUCAGAUUAUGUGGCAAGUGAAGCCAGCACUAGUCAGCUGUACAACCUGUAUGCUUGUGUCUGUCACAUGGGUGUUGCACAAGCAGGGCAUUACACAGCCUUUGCACGUAAUCCUGUAACAGGAGAGUGGCAUCAUUUUAACGAUGAUUCAGUAACUCGACAGAAACCCCGUGAAGAAGAGUACUCCACGGCGUAUCUUCUAUUUUAUCACAGACAAGGCACAAAAUUUGAUUUAAACUUGCCGGAGCAUUUCACUUGCAUGGAGUCUGGGCUCGGGAAAGAUAUGAUUGACUGUGAAGAAGACAUGGCAUGCACAAGUGGUGCCGACAGCAGUAACUUCACAGGGCCGCCUCCCUCGCUAACACACGCUGCUGGGGUUGAGGUGGUAGAAGAGGGCCCACCACAUCCACCUGUUUUUCAAAUCAACAAAAUAAUUGAUAAUCUCAACAACGUCUGCGAAAAGGAUAAUUCCAUGGAAGAAUGAAAUUAUUGGAUGGCAGUGCCAGUUCCAAUGGUGCUGUUUUAAAAACUUCUACAAGGAAGUGACAUGGUGCAAGGCCAAGUUAAAUUUCUUGUUGAUUGAGCAUAUUAUUAUAAAAAAAAUUAAGAUAUGGUAGUUAAUAUCAGGGAAAAAAUAGUGUUAAAUAUUAUGAAAACUUUUAAUUUGUGAAUUUGCAUGGAUUUGUUUGAGAUAUCGGAGUGAGGUCAUCCGAUGAAAAUAUAACCCGACUAGCACGUGUAAAUACUUUCUCCAUUUGGGUGCACCUAAAGAUAGGUUAUGUGAUCUUUGAGGAAUAGUUGCAAACCAGAAGUAGUCAGUUUUUAUAUUAUUACUUGUUAGGUAAUGACUGAGAGUGAAAAUGCUGCCUAGCUGGUGCAUAUCUACUCAGUAUGUAAUACACAAUAUCCUCUUGGUUUCUUAAUUCUCUCAAAUUUGAAUAAAGUGGUUUGUUCCUCUUCUGUGAUAUUUUAAUUUGAGGCAGAAGAAACUGUAUGUAUGUAAUUGUAUGCAAAUUAUAGCACAUAUUUACUUAUAAAUUUUUUAAGUUUAUCAUAAUUUUCUGAAUUUAGUUAAAAACAAAUUUGUAUUACUGCAAUGUGGCUGAUAUUUUCCUCUGUAAUGUUUCUUUUGUGUUGUAUUCUGUCUUUCACUCUUGUAUUGUGAAGCUUUAAUAAAGUAUGUAUUAAUGUUAUUUAUUACUGAUUUUAAAGUGUAAAUUAGAAAUUAAACCGAGCUGAUGGUUGUGGUGGUUUAAAACAAUGUUGACUGUAGAGCUGCCAAGCUCAGUAGUGUGUGUGCAAGAUUACUACAGUGGUCUCAACAAAAUACAGUGCUAACUUUUACCAUAAGUAAAUCUUUUAUAUAUAGUG